AAGCAUAAUUAUCACCUUUUCAUACUUGCAAGAAGCCGCAGUGCGAACACUGAGUGCUGAGAUGUAACACGACUGUAAGUUAGUGUAGACGCGUUUGUCUCAUCGGCGUGCAGAGUUCUACCUCUGCGCUACCCUUUCCGAGCAAAACCAGUUCAGCCUACGAACCCAGUACGGUAAUAACAUCAGUCCAUGGACAUCAUCAUGGUGUGAUGAUAAAGGUGCGCGUAGGUGUUUACCUCCUUGGCUUGCUGUGCCCAAGGAAUCCGGGCAAAUCUAAAAUAAUUACGACAUUUGUUCCGUUUCGCAGCACCAGCCUAGCCAUGAAUGCCGUCAAUCAACGCUGACUGGCAUACGGUCGUCUGAAUCCGAGCUGCUCAUCGUGUGGCGCUAGGCCUCUGCCGCUCUGGCUGUCCGAGCUCGGAACAGGUCUAGUCAGCUUGGCUUUAGCGAUCACGGAUCAUCAAGCUCAUGGAUUCGUAGUACUGCGACCGUUGUGGACGGGUGAUGGAACUGGAAGCUGAACUCACUCAGGUGCCCCCUGUACCAUGUGUACUUCCCAGUGGCAGUGUCGAGGGCCUGCAGAGUCACUGAGUCUGUGUGUGUAGUAACGACCACUAGGCACUAACGGUCCCAUGCCUGUGUGCCCCCUGAUGACGCCGCGUAUCACACGAUUCACUGCAAUACAGCCUUACAGGCUGUCACUUGUCAGUCCCCCUAGUUCAAGUAACUGACAGUGAUUGUCACCCAGUGAAGGCCAUGGUGCAUUGGUGGCAGCCAGCAGCUAGAUUGAAGUCUGGGAUGCCAGCUGAGUGGCUGGCAACCCUGUCCUAGCUGCUGUCCAGUGCUUCAUAGUUACAGCAGCAUGAUAAUUAUAGUCCUGUGGGACACUCACUUUUGGAUCUCACACGAGCAGCUUCUACAACCACCAACAGUUGUGAGAGAAACAGCAAGCUCUUCUUUCAUUCAUAUUGCCUUUGGAGUUGGGCCAAGCUACCUGCCUCAACGUUCCGGUGGCUGUUUUGGCAGAACUUUCGUCUCCGGUGGCGGUUUCUCCAUCCCACUCUUGCUAACCUUCAGCUGAUAGCAAUGAUGUGUUCCUGGGUCCAUGUAUUCUCUGUGCUGUUCGCUGGUGCGGUUGUGUCGCCGAGCCAUGGACUGGAGACGGAACACGAACGCUUUCCGGGUCACGGCCUGCACAAGUUCCUGACCGACCAGCAUCUUUACAACUUUUUUGGAACAUCCAAAGAAGAAGACUACGAGUACCAUACGACCAACCCGAGCGAGGUGACAGUAGAUGGCGAGCACAUCACGUUUGACUUACGGGAAGCUGGUCAUCGUCGUCGCCGUCGCCGCUCCACAUCCCCGUACGCCGACGAGGCAUACUUUAAGGUGGCGGCAUUCGACAACGACUACCACGUCGCGGUGCAGGAGAGCAGCGCAAUGUUCAGCGACCACUCCGUCAUCGAGCUGAUGGGAGCCGAGGGCAAUGUCACCCAUCGGCAGCCCAUCAUGGCGCCCACGCACUGCUACUAUCGUGGACACAUCACCGGUGCUAAUGACUCGCUCGUAGCCUUUAGUACGUGCAAGGGAAUGACGGGUGCGAUAUUCUCCCCCGAUGACGCCUUCUUCAUCCAUCCGUUACCGCCGUACCUUCUCAACCACAGCGCUAACGCGCACUCGCACACGCACAUGGUCGUUCGGCGCUCAGUCGACUCUGACACCUCGGGGCCUGGGGAUCGCAAACACUGUGGCGUCGGCCUACGAAAGAAUCCUGCAGGCUAUAGGGAAGCGCAGUACAACUACAUCCCGUUCUACGCGGCCAUGGACGAAGUCAGGUCCAAGUUCAAUCCGAAGCGCAAAAACGUGUACAGCCAGUACGGGCCGAUGUACAUCGAGACGGCGCUGGUCGUCGACACCUACAUGUAUGAGCAGCAUGACCGGGACCAGGACGCCUUGAAAACCUACCUGCUCACUCUCAUGAAUCUGAUGCAGGCUGUGUUUAGUCCGGAGAGCACUGGGCUGGAUAUCACCCUCCACGUGACUCGUAUCAUCUAUCUUACUGAUCACCAGCCUAAUAUGCCGAUUGGUCAUGACUCCGUCGCACUUCUGGACAAGUUUGGUACAUUUCAGCAGCGACUUAAUCCCGUACAGGAUAGCAAUUUCAUACACCAUGAUUUCGCCAUGCUGCUUACCGGGUUUGACCUAUGUGCCGCUGACAAUCGUGCCGGUUGCGGUGAGCUGGGCCGUGCAUACAUCCAGUCCCUGUGCAGCCCGACGACCAGUGCUGCCGUGGUGCGCGACCGCGGUAUACAGAACGCUGUCGUCAUGGCUCAUGAGCUGGGACAUGUAUUAGGCGCAUACCACGAUAGCAGUGUGUGCUCGCCCGACGAGGGCUACGUCAUGGUUGGCUCGGCCACCAACACCAAGAAGUUCUGGCAGUUCUCCGACUGCAGCAAGGCCUACUUUCGCAGCUUUCUGGGAACUGACGAGACCCAGUGUAUCCUAGAUUGUCCACUGCAGCACCAUAGCCUUGUUGUCCAUGACUACAUGUUGCCAGGGCAACGCUAUAGCCGGGAGCAGCAGUGCCAGUUUCAGUUCCCGAAUCACACCUUCUGCUCCCGGUUCAGGCCCGAUGUAGGUCGGUCGCAAGGAAGUUUGCCGUUAUGACGUGUGGCUGCUGUUUAUGUUUGGAUUGUUGCUGCUGCUGUUGCUGCUGCUGCUGGUUGUGGUGUUGUUGUCUUUAUUGUCGUGGAAAUUGUCUUCGCAGUCGCUACUGCUGCUGCUGGUUCUUCUGUCGUUGUGUGUGUCGUUGUUCCUGUUGCCAAUGUCAUAGUAAUCAUUGUUUGAGGUGGUGCUCAGAUUUGCUAUAUCUGGUGGCAAGAGUAUGCACUUUGUGAUAUCCCAGCAAUGUGGCCUCGGCGUGGCGCACCGUAGGCUGCCUUCAUUCUGCUGUCAAGUGACGGUCAUGCUGACUGGAUUUGAAUUUGCCCAACUUAGAGCUAUGGCCUACGUACAGAAUUUUUUACAUGGACUUGCCCACAGUAUGGUAUUGGUUGCUUGACAGGUGAUGGUAAUGCAUCAGUGGUGUAGCUGUGUUUGUUAUCAUGUCCACUGGGAUCCCUCCUCGUUCUCCACCCCCACUGCCCC